AUGGCUGCUCGCCUUCCUCUCGCGCGCCUUUCGGGUCAGCGUUUGACGACUUUGACCCGGGCUACUCGGGCUCCCAGCCGGCUUCGCGCCGUCCAGGGCAUUUCUACCCUCACGCGCGCCAAUGCCUCUCCGCGGGCGUCCGGUCUGCUGCAGGCUUCUUCCGGCAUCAACGUGUCGCGCAAUCUCGCUCCUUUCGUCGGCUCUCAGAUCCGAACCUAUGCCGACAGCAUUGUCAAGGUCCCCCAGAUGGCCGAGUCCAUCACCGAGGGUACCCUGAAGCAGUUUUCGAAACAGGUCGGUGACUACGUCGAGCGCGAUGAGGAAAUCGCCACCAUUGAGACCGACAAGAUCGACGUCUCGGUGAAUGCUCCGGAGGCCGGCACGAUUAAGGAGCUUCUCGUGAACGAGGAAGACACCGUUACUGUUGGCCAGGACCUCGUCAAGUUGGAGCUGGGUGCUGCCCCCGAGGGCAAGAAGGAUGCUGCUCCCGAACAGCCCAAGAAGGAGGCUGCCGCCGAAAAGCCUCAGGAGUCUGCUCCUGCGGCAGAGAAGCCCAAGUCGCCCGAGCCGUCUAAGCCGCCCCAAGGUGCUGCGGAGUCUAAGCCUACCCUUGGAAACCGCGAGGAGCGCCGGGUGAAAAUGAACCGGAUGCGUCUGAGAAUUGCGGAGCGUCUGAAGCAGUCCCAGAACACUGCCGCUUCCCUGACUACUUUCAACGAGGUUGACAUGUCCUCGUUGAUGGAGUUCCGCAAGCUCUACAAGGACGAUGUGCUCAAGAAGACCGGCGUGAAGCUUGGAUUCAUGAGCGCCUUCUCUCGUGCCUGUGUCUUGGCCAUGAAGGACAUCCCCGCCGUCAACGCAUCGAUUGAGGGCCCCAAUGGCGGUGACACCAUCGUCUACCGCGACUACGUCGACAUUAGCGUUGCCGUCGCUACUGAGAAGGGUCUGGUCACUCCGGUGGUUCGCAACACCGAGACUAUGGACCUGGUUGGCAUUGAGCAGUCGAUCGCCGAGCUUGGCAAGAAGGCUCGUGAUAACAAGCUGACCAUUGAGGAUAUGGCUGGCGGUACCUUCACCAUCAGCAACGGAGGUGUAUUCGGCUCCCUGAUGGGUACUCCCAUCAUCAACCUUCCCCAGACUGCUGUUCUGGGUCUCCACGCCAUCAAGGACAAGCCCGUGGCCAUCAACGGCAAGGUUGAAAUUCGCCCGAUGAUGUAUCUCGCCCUCACGUACGACCACCGUCUUUUGGAUGGUCGUGAGGCUGUCACUUUCCUCGUCAAGGUCAAGGAGUACAUUGAGGACCCCCGGCGCAUGCUGCUCGGGUAA